AUCUACCACUCUUAUCCUCUCAUUAGAGCCCAGAAACAAAAGUUUGCCUCAUCAAUUACCGAGCUGCACUCUACCACUUUCACAACCCCAUCUCUAUUUGUCAACAUUCUAUUUGUUCUUACUGAGCCAACCGGCGACUUUUUCGUUGCGGCUAAACCAGUUGAACCUCCUUCCCCAAAUCGGGUUAUGACCUUGGUCCGAAUGGGAGCGGAUCGAACAAAGGCACAGUUUGAUAAUCUGGCUGGCAAGAUUGAGAGGUCUUGGAACGAGAUUGUGGGCUAUGACGAUAGUCUACAUAUUGAAACUGUUGAAGAUAAAGAGAAGAAGCUACAUAUCGUGAGUUUUGUUGCUAUUAUUACUGGUAGGGAGAAUGGGGUUUACCUUCACAAUACUGGUCAAGAGAAGACAUGGCUAAAGGAUAAUAUGGCAUACUUCAAAGAGAGGGAAGAGGUUUGUAGGGAUGAGAAAUUUGCUGAUAUGUUGGAAGAGAUAAAACACCGCUCAGAUUUAAAUGCUGCAUUAUAA